AUGGUCCGCUUCUUUAGCCAACAUAUCCGUAGCACCUUCUUCCUCCUCAUCCUCGUCUUCACCAUCGUCAACAUCUACCUUAAUAUCUCGUUUGACUUCCUGAAACCUGUACCCAAGCCGUCUGCAGAACCCGUUGACCGUCGACCUAUCGGUGGUAGUGCUGGUAUCGAGCCCAAGACGACGUCAAGUGGUGGGAGUAGGAUUGGGAGUGGGACCGGGAGGGGGAAAGGAAAGGGGAGCCCGUUUCUUGGACAAGCAGUCCCAGUGCCGCAGUGGAAGGCUCGUUGGUUACAGGAUCAGGAGCUGGACGAUCCCGAAUCUGAAGAGACCUUGAAGGAGGAGAUCAAGGAGGAAAUCAAGGAGGAAAUCAAGGAGGAGGCUGGAAGAACACUGGACAUUGUGUACACUUGGGUCAACGGUACGGACGCAGCACUCAAGGACGUCAAGGAAAAGUUCAAGGAGACCUCAGAACUAUUCCUGUACUUCAAGAACACCACCCGAGCAACAAACGACCCUAAUACCAACCCCAAGAACCGGGAACCUCCAGCGGUCGGGAACGGAAAGGGCGAUCAGACGAUUCAUCGGUUCCGGGAUAACAAUGAGCUCAAGUAUUCGUUGCGGUCGAUUGCAGAGUAUUUUCCGGAGAGGUUGUUAGGGAGGAUUCAUAUUCUGACGACGGAGGUUCCGGAUAAUAGAACUGGACAAGGUGUUGGACAGGUUCCGGAGUGGUUGGAUUUGGGGAAGGAGGGAGAGAGGGUGAGGUUGGUGAAGCAUCGGGAGGUGUAUGAUGAUGCGAGUGUUUUGCCGUCGUUCAACAGUCUUUCGAUCGAGAGCCAGAUGCAUCAUGUUCCUCACCUUGCUGAUACUUUUAUUUACAUGAACGACGACAUCUUCUUUGGACUGCCCGUCGACGCCUCAGACUUUUGGACACCCCUCUACGGCUUUGUCUUUCACCUCACCAACGGAAUCAUCGAACCGGCAAUCCCUUCCCUCGGCCUCUCACCCAACGUCGGCGAAUGGCAGUCGCUUCAAUAUACCAACUACCUACUCUCGAAGCAGUUUGGCGCUCGACAUCGCGCAUACAUCGCCCACAUUAUCCACAUCAUGAACAGGCCCAUCCUCGAGGAGAUUCAAUCCAUCUGGCCCGAGGAGUUUGACAAGACGGCCUCGCAUCGGUUCCGAGGCGAGGGACAGGCGCAGGAAAUCAAUCUGGCGUUUUUUAUGGCACACUAUGUCAUGGAGAGGUUGCGUGAGACUCAACUGACAUCGUACUGGAAGUAUCGAUUAGACAGGAAUCAGGAUGAGCAAUUGGAUUGGGAGGAGCGAGAGGAGUUGAUCCGGAUGGUGGAAGAGUAUGAGGAGACGAUGCCCAAGGUCAUAAACAGGAGGAGGGUAGGGCCACUUCCUAUCGACGCAGCGUUCAAGAGUUUUUUGCAUGAACAUGAUCAGAAACUGGAGAGUGUUGGGAUCCCAUGGACCGGUCGGACGAGCUAUGAUCAGUCGGGCAUGGAUGGGUACCCGUUUAUGAUCAGGAAUGCAGACCUGAGUCAGAGUAGCAGUAACCAGUACUCGCGGCAGCCUUCCCCGACAAAGACGGAGCCCAGUCGGCGACAAUGUAGGUUCAACAUUGAUUUCUGUCUUGGACCACAGUUCAGGAACAGGAGUACGCCUGCGAUCGACAGUUCUGUGGGGAAGGGGUCUGUCUUUGAACGACUGGCGUUUACAGAGUACCACUGUGGAGACUGUCUCCUCCACAUUGUCCGUCGUAGGAGCGCCAAACCUGGGAUGAGCUCUCUAAUGCCCCUAGAUCGCAAUUCAGAAGCGUAUUCACAGGUGGCGAGGGAUAUGGCCAAGUACAAUUAUGUGAUUGGCCGAUCACAGUUCUCGUUUAUCCAGUUGACGACGGGAGACAAGUCUGAGGCGGGUCUGAAGCGGUUGUUGGCACGGAACCAGACAGAGACGUAUUUCUGCGUGAACGAUGAUGUACCAGAUAGUCCCUUGAUUGCCAAGAGGGUUCGAGGCCUGUUUGCGGGGUUCUUGGAGACCAGGUUGCCGAAUCCUUCACCCUGGGAGAAGCUGUCUUGA